CUUUGCCGCGUUGCAUUGUGGGUAGCCAAGAUGGAACCACCGUGGAGAAGUCACAUGUCCAGUGUUUUUAUUUUCAUGGCAGCUGUAAUAUUUAUUUCAAGUCACUAUUUUGUAACAACCGCUGUUACGGAUGUUGAGCAGAAAUUUAAACUUUUCAUUAAAAAGUACCAAAAGCCGUACAAGAUAGGUUCAGAAGAGUAUUAUAAAAGACUAAAAAUAUUCCAGGACAGUCUGAAGAAGCACCAUCACUUGAAUUCUCUUAGGACAAGUAAUCACAGUGCAAUAUAUGGUGUCACAAAGUUCUCUGACCUUACAGAUGAAGAAUUCAUUGCUCAAUACCUUGAUGAUACCAAAAAGCCACUGAAGCACCAUCUUCUGAAGAGCCAGGGGGGCUAUGUCAAGAAUACACAAAAACAAACCACAGAUCAUAGUUAUAAAUCAUUCGAACCACAGAAGUGGGAUUGGAGGACAGACUGGAAAUGGCCAGUCAUCACCAAAGUAAAGAAUCAGAGAUCUUGUGGGGGAUGUUGGGCCUUCAGUUCUGUGGAGUCUGUGGAGACCAUGUAUGCCAUAAAAACCAAAGACCUACGUGAUCUUAGUGUCCAGCAAGUCAUAGACUGUGCAGCCUAUGGUAACUUUGGCUGUAGAGGGGGAGACACUUGCCAUGCUUUAUACUGGAUGAAACUGACCAGAACACCACUGGUGACAGAUCAGGAGUAUCCUCUUACAGACACUUCAGACUUCUGUAAGAUAGAACCCAAUGCAACCAAAGGGGUGUCCCUUACAGACUACACCUGUGAUAAGUUUAUAAACCAUGGUCAAUCCACAGAGGGCCAGAUGGUCAGUAUGCUGCUUAAUGGCCCGCUGACCAUAUCAGUGGACGCUACAUCCUGGAAAGAUUACCUUGGAGGCAUCAUCCAGUACCACUGCUACAACUUCAACAAUCAUGCUGUCCAGAUAAUAGGCUAUGAUCUGACAGGCCCAGUUCCCUAUUUUAUCAUCAGAAACUCGUGGGGAGAUGACUUUGGUUUAAACGGUUAUAUCCAUAUAAGAAUAGGAAACAAUGUCUGUGGAGUAGCAGAGGAGGUUUCCAGCAUUCAAGUAUAACACCGUACCCAAAUGCUUCCUAUCUUUAAUGCAAGAGAAGAAUCAGAGUUUCCACCAGUGAAAUAUGCACAUGCAAAAAAGAAAGAUGAAUUUGUACUCAGUGUCUUCCAUUGUAGUUGAAGCACAUUAUCUAGAAUUGUUGUACUUAUUUGAUUGAUAUAAUUUUUUUCAUGUAGAUUAUGAAAUUUUUUAAGGUUAACAUGCAGGAAGAAUGAAUUCCUGGAAAAUUUGAAAUUAUAUGGUGUAUUGUCAGUCUGCACCUUAAAAUCAAACUGUUUUGUAUUAUUAAUUUAUAUACAUUUUUGUAGAUAAAUAAUAUACAAUGUAAUAUUUUUUACACACCAAACAUCCAAGCGUAUCGGUAGGUUGACUUGUAAAUCUUUGUCCAUACUGCUGCCAUUUUUGCCUCUUGUACUGUUGGGUCCAAAUUAUGUCUAAAACUUGUAUGAGAUGAAUAAGUUUUCACACAACCUAAAUGUUUUUUUUUUCAGCUGUGACUGUACUGUGAUAUAACUUUAUCGUUGAAAUUGACUAAAAAUGUGUCCCGUGCUUGGUCUCUUUUAAGGUGCUAUUGAAAAUAUGCUUCUUGUUUGUGUAGAUCAGUCAGUAUCCUUGCACUUUCAUAUACGACAAACGACGAAGAGUGCAUUAAGAUGUCAUGUUCUAAUAAAUAUAUUUUGCAUAAACACUUUGGGAAAUGAUAAGAUUAUCAUAUGUAAAAUAUUACUGAAUUGUUUUUAUAUAAAGAGAAUUUGAUGCCUUGAAGGACCUCUCAAAUGGCUUGUUGCAAUUAGGUCACAAAGUAUGAGAAAUCGUGCAUACAAAAUAAAAUAUAUAUUUUUAUUGAAUAAAAUGUCACUGAAAUCUGAAAUUGUUAUUUAGUUUAUUUUGUACUUGCUUGAUAAUCAAAAGAACCAUGGCAAUUGCAGGUAAGGAUAGCUGUUGCCUGAAAGUAGAUAGACUUCAUUUCUUUCAACUGA